UCAACGUUGAAAUUUUAAUGAUGUGCAAGAGCAAUAAUAAUAAAAAUAAAGGAAAAUGAGUUAAUAUUUUGAUUGAAAAAUUAAAAAAAUAAAUUAAAGUUUUGUUUACAUUAAAAAAAUUAUUAAAAAUAUAAAUACAGUUUGAAAAGGUUUAAUUUUUUAUUUGAAAAUUUUUGCUAUAAAAAAAAAUAAGGAAGAUAAAAUAUUAUGGAGAUUGUAGUACCGAAGCAAGACUUUAAUACACAUUAUAAUAAUGUUUUAAUAAAAUAUCAGAUACCAUUUGAAAUUAAAAAUGAUAUAAUUUAUUGUCAGAAAGCGUUAAGGACUUAUUUGAAAGUUCACCAGAUGGUUAUCAUAAAUUAUGGACAAAAACUAACAACGGCUCUAUCGGCCGUUCGAAAAUUAUUGGAUGACUUGGAAAGAGAAAUAUAUGAAAUAAAUGCUGAACAAGGAUUCCUAAUAUAUCGCCUUCGUAAAUCACUUGAUGACUUUUAUAAAUCACUUCCUGUAAAUAAUAUUAUUAUUGAUCGAGAUGCUGAUAACACAUUUUUACGACAUACAUUUUCAAAAUAUGUAGAUGAUCCAAAUUAUCCAUGUGAAGCAAUUACAGUAAAAACUCGGAAAUCAUUUAAUCAAUGGAAAAAAAAAUUUUCUUUAGAUGAUCCAAAACGGAUAUUGAAUGUUAAAAAUCCUGUUUUAAAUAAUGCUACUAAAAUAAAUUUUUCAUCUUGUAAUGGUAACAGUAAUGCGAAUGUUAAUGGCUUACCACAGAAACAAAGAGUUUCAUUAUUGAAACCAAAAUGCGAAAGAGAUUUAACAAAUUUAAAUGAUUCAAAUCAGAGUUUAGAUAUAAAAAAUGAAGAUGAUAGUCUGUCAAAUGAAAAUGAUAAAAUAAUUUUAAAUAACGAUACUACUAAUACCGUACUUGAAAAUGAUGAAAAACCAGAAUUAAAAAUUGAAUCCAAAGUUGAAGAUCAGUCUUCGAUUGCACUUAAGCCAUCUCCAGCUAUGAAUAUUGGUAGAAUGAAAUUAUUGCAAGCAUUAAAUAAAGCUAAAAAUCAGAAGGAUACACCAACAAGCCAAUCACCAGCAUCUACAGGUAAAGCGGUCGCUGCUGCAAUCAAAAUAACUCAAAAGUCUCCUGAGCAACAAAAGAAUUCAAAAUAUGCUGACGUAUUAUCGUCUUCAGACGAUUCUUUAGAUGGAAUUAACGCUUUGCCACCAAUUGAGCCAGAAAAACAAGAAAUAUCUGAAAUAAACCAAGAAAUGUUUUUAAGGCAAUUCGGAUUGUAUACGUUGCAACAUAGCGCAUAUUUAAAGCAACGUAGAUCAAAAAGACGACGCCGCAAUGUUCAAUUUAAUGAACGCAAAGAUUUUCAUUAUGGCACAUUAAAUUUUGCAGCUAUUGAUGCACAAACAGCAACUUAUCCAAAAGAGAAAAAAAAGAAAAUAUUUUUGGUAUCCCCAACAAUUUCGCGAAGAGCCGCCAAACGUCGACGAAGUGCUAAAGAUGAAAUUAUUAAUAAUAAAAAUAAUAAAUCAGAUCGUUCUUCAAUGUCUUCCCCAGAUGAAAAACUUUUUUGCAAUGUAUGUUUUCGUAAUAAUGAAUUAUUGGUACUGAAUCGUUGCAAGAAAUGCAAGCAAAAUUAUCAUACUUCUUGCCAUUCAAAAAUAUACUUUAAUACCACUAAAAAAAUUUGUCCAGUUUGUCUUAGAGCUAAAAAAACGUCUCGUUCUGCUAGCUCCGAAGAUUUUACCAGAGAAAAUAAUGGAAAUAGGUCGAAAUCAGGUGAAAAUAAAAUUAGGCGAUCCUCUCUGAUAGAUCGAUGCAAUGAAUUAAAACAAAAAUAUGCGACAGCACAAAUUCAUCAAAACAAUUUAUUGAAAGAAAGCGAAGCCUACAAAACAAAAAUGAAUGAAUUGUUUAAUAUUGUAGAUACUAUAAAAAAUCAACAAACGGACAAUGAAGAAACUACACCCGAAACAGUUGUUUUUUCAAUUGAAAUAUCAGAUGAAGAUGGUGAAGUAAUGGAGAAUGAUGAUAUGGACAGCAGUGAAAAGGAUUCUCAAUUAUCAGUUAAUUUUCAGGAAAAUUCCGAAAAGGAACAAAUAAAUCAAGUUAUUUUACCGCAAACUAACGAUGGUAAAGAUCAUGAUCAUGAUAAAUCGAAUGGUACUGAUAGCAGUUGUGAACCUGUAGAUAGUGAUGAAGAAAUUUUAGUUAUUAAAGAGGAUGCAAAUGUUGUAGAAAUUGAAGAUGCACUUGAGGCAGUUGAUAGUGAUGAUAUCGCAAUGGCAGAAUAGUGUUUUUCUUUUCGUUUUUUUUUUUUUUUUUUCAAUAUCGAGUUUUUUGCCACUUUAUUAAAAUUUUAUUGUAAAAUUAUUUAUUUUUGCUCCUAAAUUAUAAUUAAUUUACAAAAUUAUAAAUUUUUAUUUAAAAAAGUAACAUUUACAUAUAUAUAUUUAUCUAUAUACAUACUAAAUUUGCUUGUUCACAAAUAUAACUUUGAUUUUUUUGAAAUUAUAAUAAUUAAAGCUCCAAUAAAUCAUAUUUUGCCUGUUAUUAUUGUAUCAAAAUUUUUGUUAAGUUAGAUUUAAGAUUAUAUUCAAUAUAUUAUUUUUUAGUUUACUAAUUUCAAACAUAAUAUGUAUUUUUUGUUUAGCAAAGUUAUUUAAAAUAAGAUCUCAGCAUGGAAAUUUUUUUUUUUUGUUAUG